AUGAGUCCGGAGGACCGCAGGACGAUUUACGAAUACGCUUUGCAGGACUUGCAAAGCUGGUCCGCCGACAAGGGCUGCUUUCGGUUUGAAGCUGCCAACAAUGAGUCUCACGCCAUUAUGUGUCAGCACUCCGCGCGUUCGGUGGCGGACCUCGUAACUGGAUACCUCAACGUCGUCAAGAAGUUCGAGUCGGCGUCUAUGGACGGCGAACAGCCGAUUGCCGAUGCUUUUAGGGGGGAUUUGGAUAGUGAGAGUCUUUGUAGCACGGUCGCCUCCGGCACCUACGACUACGGUGCUUCGAGGGGGGGAGGUUCAAAUUCGCGAUCGAACUUGAACGCGAGUGUAAAAUUGGACAAGGUGAACGUGAUUGACAUAAAGACGGCUCGCAUGGCGAUUCAACAGUUGUUCGACAUGUUGAAGAACAGUGACAAUUUGAAGCUUUUGAGCGUGGAUCAGUCGUCGUUGACAGCGGACACGGUUAAGUACAACUCGCUGUCUAUUUUAGACGACAUUGACCAGGGUCUGAAGAAGUUGCUGGACUCUACCGAGGUCCAGGUUUUGGAGUUGCCUCUGGUGAACGCGCACACUAAGGUUUUGAUUGCGAACACGGUCAAGCUGUGUAAGCUUUUGAACAACUUGAUUGCGCUGCACACGUCCAGCAGCGACAUCUUGGUGAGCAAGUUCUUGAUGUUUUUGGAGUCGAUCAGCGAUUUUUUGAGGCACUUGCAGAUGACGGUGAACAACCCGCACGACAUGAAGACGCGAGAGGAGUUGGAGUACCGGACCAAGACGUGCUCUUACGUGGUGCUGUUGUUGAAGUGCGUGCUGGAAAACAAGCUCAACGACAAGCCGUCUGAGGAGUUGUACAUCCAGCUGUUCAGCCAGUUGGACAACGAGAUGCAGAAUCUGAUUUCGUUCGUGCAUUCGUUGAUGAAGAUGAUUAAGAACGGAGACAUGAUAAGGCAGUGCGUGACGUUGACCAAGGCCUUGACGGGCGCGUAUUCGUUGUUCUACAAGGCUGCGCACAUUUUGUCGCCGGUGUUGAUUGACCAGAACGCGCUGAAGUCGAUUUACCAGCUGUCGAACGAGGUGUCGAAGGCGGCGACGAGCAUACUGGACUACUUCCACGCGACGAGUUUGGGUCGGGAGCUGCUGAACGAGCUCAACUUCAAGAUGGCGGAGAUGAACCAGUGCUUGAACCAGGUGUUGAACGUGCUGACGUUGGUCGAGCCGCGCUGCACGGUUGUCCUGGAUUUCUCGGUGCCGUACGAUCGCGUGCUGGAGGGGUUGAAUCAGCUUCGCAACGCUGGCGACGAGAUGACGAAGAUCAUGUCGAGCAUCAAGUACAUCGUGAAUUCGACGGAGGCCCUGCUGGAGCAAAGUCACGUCAUGCUGGAAUACAGCGACGCGGCGUUCAGCAGGCGCAUCAACAACAUGAUUACCAGCAUCAAGAAGUCGCUGCAGAAUUUGGUACAGUGGGGGACGCAGUUGAACUCGCGGCCGAAGUUGAGCGGCGUGUCGAACAGCGGCAUAUCGAGGUCGUCGCAGGACGAGUCUUGGUCGAUACUGGAGAUGUUGGUGCACGAGUUGAUGUUGGACGUGGGCGCCAGCGCGGCGACGAUGAACCUGCGGUAUCGGUCGAAGGAGUUGGUGACGCAGGUGUUGAAGUUGGUCCAGUACCUGUCCGUGAUAGUGCCGUCGAUUGAGGACAACAGCAUGAAGGCGCAGGCGAGUCAGUACACGGAUUUGGCGUAUCGGUUCAUGCUGGACUUGCUGAACGGGUUGCGCCAGGCGACGACCGAGCACCAGAACAUGGAGGUCCAGUUGCGCUUGCUGCACCUGUCCCAGCGGACCCUGAUGCCCACGUCGCAGCUGAUUGCGUUGUGCAAGCACAUUGCGCUUGUGGUGAACAACACCGAGCAGAAGCAGCCGUUGAUUCUGUUGCUGAACAGCCUGAGCGACACGAUGUCGGCGCUGGUGAGCGCGAUAAAGAACACGGGACAGCUGGAGGACCAGAAGGACAUUGAGGAGGCGCUGGAGCAGUUUGAGGCGACGUUGGCGGACCUGGAGGCCGCGGAGAUGUCGGCGCUGAACAUGUCGCUGAUUUCGACGGCGGGGAACACGCGAGAGGGUUCUUUGAUGCUGUACGACCAGGCCGUGCUCCAGCUGACCAAGGAUUUCGACAACAUGGUGAUGAUAUGCAUUAAGGAGGCGCAGACGAUUUAUUUGGGCGAUUUGACGAGGACGUUGGCGGGGACGGUGUCGCAGGUGGCGGCGGCGGUGAAGUCGGUGGCGUGCAUGACGAACAACAAGGGUGCUCAGAAGUUGAUGCUGUCGAACGCGAAGAGGUUUACGCGGAGCGUGAUGAACGCGAUGAAUUCGCUUCGCGCGUUUGCGUGCAAGCGAUACGACCAGUCUCUUCAGAACACGUUCGUGAUUUCGCAGCGCGAGGUUGCGGAGUCGCUGGACAUUUUGAGCGGUUCGAUUCGGGGGAUGGACAUUCGCAUGGCCGGAGACGCGUUGAAGUGCAUUGCGCAGGAGAGUUUGCGCCUGCACAGCGUGAUUCCGUCUUCUAGCUUUGACCAGGUGCAGUACAUGGCGGCGUUCAGAGUGGCUUCGGAGAUGGCGCAGUCGGUGAACGCGGCGGUGACGCAGCUGGUGAACUUGUCGCAGGCGAAUCCCAAUUUGAUUGGGUCGUCGGCGCGACUGGUGUCGAACGUGGUCAAGCAGUUCAUUGACACGGCGGUGAACGUGGCGUCGCUGCUGACGGGAGACGCGUCGAGCCACCUGGGCCAGGCGUCGUUGGCGUUGACGGACGCGUCGAAGUCGGUGAUUUUGAUCACGGAGAUGGCGACGCUGAACCAGGACACGGAUUCGUACCACAAGAUAAAGGAGGCGUUGGACGAGUUGGCCAACUGCGUGACGCACUUCUGCCAGUUUGGGGAGAAGUUGAACCCGUUGGUGGAGUUCAUCAAUCAGUUGGUGAGGAUGGAGGCCUACGCGGUGCGUCCGUCUAGGAGUUUGGACAGGGUGAAGCUGAGCGCGCAGCCGGUGACGCCGGAGGCGCUAGCGGACGCGUUGGAGAGCGUGAUGGGGCCGGUGGACAAGUGCUUGAAGGCGUAUUCGCAGACGACGAUGUCGGUGAACAUGACGUACAGUCAGAGCGUGCUGGACGGGAUACAGGGGAUGAUGAGGUUGGUGAUAAACGGCUACUAUCACGCGAAUUACGCGGGGAAGAGGUCGGUGUCGAUUCCGGACCUGAUUGUGGAGCAGUUGCGCGCGGUCAACGAGUGGCAGGCGGCGUACGACUGCGCGAACCAGGAGUUGUCGGCGGUGGACGCGCGCACGACGCAGGCGGUGCAGGAGUUGAUGGGUCGGCUAACGGAGGCGUGCCACCUGUCGAUGAAUGACUUGAGCGAGGAGAAGCAGAGGGCGUUGUCGGAGGGCGCGAGGAGUUUGGCGGACAUCGAUUUUUGCGAGCAGUUGUCGACGAACGGCGAUUCGAGUGAGGUGGCGGGCAAGGUGAUGCAGGAGGUGCAGAAGUUGGAGUCGGUGUGCAGCGAGUUGGACUUGGCGCGGGUGGACCUGAGCUGGGUGCCGUCGCAGGACGCGAGGCUGCCGAAGGAGUCGAUGGCGCAGGUGUUGAGGGCGAGUUGCGCGAUGGUGGGCGCGCUGUCCAGGAUUUGGUCGGUGUUUUCGUCUGGGACGGUGUCCACGGCGGACGGUUCUUCGAAUCAGAUGGCGACGUUGUCGCAGCACAUCGCGUGUUACAACUGCGCGGUGGAGCAGUACAAGAGCAGCCUGUCUCGAACGAAGGAGGCGGAGUUGGACCAGCACAUGGUGGAGGUGCUGGAGUGGCUGGAGUCGACGUUGGCGCAGUACGACGCGAGGUGCUUGGAGAAGGAGGCGCAGUUUGGGUCGAGCGAGUCGAGUCCGGACCAGACGAGGGUGGACUACGAGCAGCUUCACAAUGACUUGGUGAAGAUGAUUGGGAGGUUGACGCGGGUGUUGUUCGACUUGAACGAGACGCAGAUAGAGGACAUCCAGAGCAUUUUGAGGGCGGCGGACAGCUUGAAGCAGGUGAUUCCGCCGUGGAUCGACGCGGUGAUAGCGUGCGCGGUGCAGAACGUGAGUGUGUCGAUGAGGAACGCGUUGAUAUCGACGGCGAAGCGCACGUUGGACCGAGUGUUGAUAUUGUUGCAGGACGCGUACAAGACGUCGAAGAACCACAAGAAGUCCGGACAGGUGAAGGACGCGUGUGAGGCGUCUCUGGAGGGGGUGUCGAUAGCGACGAGCGACAUCGUGGCGCUGUUGAAGAACAAUUUGGUGACGUACAGCCAGAUCAACGGGGUGUUGGACCAGUGGAAGAAGAUAACGGAGGGGUUGGAGGUGUGGCUGGAGACGGUGGAUUCGGUGGCGGGAGCGGGGGCGAACGUGGAUUUGCAGGCGGCGAGUAGCAGCGUGGAGCAGCUGGACCAGGUGGAGCGCAAGUUGGGCGCGUUGGACGAGCAGGUGAGCAAGUUGCUGCACCGAACGCAGCACGGGAUUCAGCAGCCGGUGCAGGUGCUGGAGCAGAUACAGUCGCUGGUGCAGUCGAUUUCGGAGUCGGUGCAGUUGAGCGCGAAGCAGUUGCAGAGCAACAAUCGGGUGAGCGAGGGGGCGGGAUUGAUGAUUGCGCAGUCGAGGUUGAUCAAGACGUUGAGGCUGAUUGGAGAGCAGUUCAAGGACGGGGUGAUAUUCGUGAUAACGAUUGGGGGAUCGUCGAAGCCGCAGUCGAGCAAGGCGUCGGCGAAGUCGGCGUUGAAGUUGGGGCACCCGUUGGUGAAGGAGUGGACGGAGUCGUUGGGGGGGAUGACGAAGAAGGUGCAGGCGGCGAUAGAGGCGUUUGAGGAGUUGAAGGCGGUUCCGGCGGCGGAGCCGGUUCCGGAGCCGUAUUUGCAGCCGAGUGCGCUGGAGCCGGUGCACGAGUUGGUGGCGGUGCUGAAUCGCCAGCUGAUUUGCGCGAAGCUGAACAUGUUGGGAGAGGACGAGUACGUGGUGUUGCUGUCGAAGACGGAGUUUGAGAAGGCGCCUCGGUCGUUCGACGCGAUGCAGAAGUUGGUGAUGGCGAGGUUGAACUUGAUUUUGGAGUCGCUGAUGCCGCUGGUGACGUGCCUGAUGAGCAGCCAGGGGUUGGAGGAGGUGAGGGAGUCGUUGAAGACGUUGAUACCGACGUUCGUUCAGUUCGUGAGGUCCGCGGAUUACGCCGCGGUGUUGCUGGACCACGUGGAGCACCAGGAGAGGAUACUGAUGGAGACGCGCAACACGGCGUCGGAAUUUUACAAUUUUUUGAGUUAUCUGUCGGGGGUGAACAGCAAUUCGCCGACGGGCCAGCUGGACAUCGUGGUGGUGUCGGAUCACAUGUCGGAGUUGCAGAGCAGGUUUGCGGCGUUCAGACAGGUGGUGGAGGGCGUCUACGCGGCGUACGUUGACGUGGAGAGCAGUUUGGACAGGCUCGAGUCGACGCUGCACCAAGUGCCGUUCCAGCUGUUCACGCCGAAGGUGAGCGGCGCGCUGACGCCGGAGUCGGCGCAGCAGAUGCUCGGGAGCCUCAAGAGCCAGAGCCAGGCGUUGGCGAACCAGCUGUGCUCGCUGGUGCACCCGGGGUCAAAGACGGAGUACUUCAAGGUGAUCAAGGACGACUUGGCGUCGUUGGAGGAGGUCGUCAGGCUGAUGUGCCUGCUGGACUCCUCCAACUGCACGUCGAUCUACAAGCAGCUCGGUCCGGAAAUGACGAAGUGGGUCAAGGUGCUGAAGCAGAUGUGCCAGGAGAAGUACAGGCACGACGCGAGCUUGACGGACGGCCUGGAAAGGGCGACGCUGUCCAUGCUCAAGGCGAUUCAGGCGGAGAUCGAGCGAAUAGCCGAGAAGUUCCAGGAGGAGGCCAACAGGCAGAGGGCGUCCGCCGAGAAGGAGGCGGAGGCGAAGAAGCAGGCCGAGCAGCGAGGGGAAAAGGCGCUGGCGAGCGGUUCUCGGGCCGCGACGGUUCAGGAGGCGACGGUUCGGGAGGCGACGGUUCGGGAGGCGACGGUUCAGGAGGCGACGGUUCGGGCCGCGACGGUUCAGGCCGCCGUUUCCGGCGGCGGGUCGAGCGAGCCUCCCGCCGGAGAGGGGGUCGAGAAGGAGGUCGAGGCGCCUCGCGUGGAGAUUUUGAAGCCCGAGGUCAUAAAGGCUCCGCAGGGCGCCCCGAGCGAUGGCGUUCAGGACAGGAGGUAUUUGUAUGUGAACUACGACAAGCAGGUUGCCCGCUUCCGGGGCUUGGUCCAGGGCGAGAAGCGGUCCUCUCCCGGCGAAGUUGAGUCGAAGGCGUCGAGGCCGACGGGGCCCGCGCAGGAUUCGCCUCGGGCGCCGACGGCCAGCGCCGCGAGUGCCGCGGUCAAGCCGUCGGAGCCGUCGGAGCCGUCGGGGCCGUCGGCGUCGAGUCCGUCCAAGCCUGCCGCAGCGGCUUCUCCGGUCGCUAGCAAGGGCGCUCAGCAGAGCGCGCCGGCGGCGGCUUCUCCGGCAGUUGGCGCAUCUCAGCAGAACAAGUCGCACCGGGUUUCUUCCAGGCUUCAGGAGCGAGUGAAGUUUCUCGCGUCCGCCGCUACUCAGGCGAAUGGUGGCGUGAAUCCGUUCUGCGCGGCGCCCGCGUCUCUCUCUCGCUCCAACAGCUACAUAAUGGGCUCCGGUCUCUCGUACAGAAAAGACAGGCCGUGCCAAGAGCAGCUGGAAUCGAUUCUGAGCUUUUUGGGCGACCUGCUGACGUCUCAGCUGCACUCUUCGCGCAGCGUCAUCGCCCAGCGACGAAUAUACAGCAAAGUCGAGGGGUUCGAGCGCCGCAGCUACUGGAUCCUGGACUCGGUGCAGGGCUUCACUCGAGCGCUGACCUACCUCUUCCAGGCGCUCGUCGUGCACUACCCCCUGCAGCAGCUCCCGCAGGACUCGGAGAAGAAGUUGCUGAUCCACUGCUACCAGAUUCAAGACUCGGCUGUGGAGAGCGCGCGCGUGAUGAACAGCGUCCUCAGCGGGAAGGAGGAGCUCGACUCGCUGCUUUCCCAGCUGAACGGCGACGUCAUGGUCAACGUCGAGGCGGUGUCGGGCUUCUUUAGCACCGGCGCGGCGAGCUCCAUGAUCAAGCUGGCGGUGAAGCUCGCCCAAACGCACGUCGACCGGCUCAACCACACCGAGACCCACUGCGCGGCGGACCUACUGCCGGACGACGAUUGGAACGUCACCAACCUGAAGGGCAAGCUCGAGGCGCUGGAGCUCGAAAUUCACCAAUACAAGAAGGCCAACUGCCCCCCCCCUGCAUGA